AAUAAGCUGCCGCCCCGUUUGCAGUCGAGAUCGCCUCCUCACGAACCCGUGCUGACCCGCCCGUGCAAGGACCAGCCCAAAGCCACACCAAAUCGCAUCAUCAUCGAUCACCAGCGUCCGGCAAAUGUCUUCUCUUGGAGUCACCCAACCGAUCUCCCUUGCUUAUCCAACAGCAGAGGAUCAGCAUUCGACCACACUCUUGGUGGAGACCCUGAAGAAUCUGGGCCAGUAUGAAUCCGAACAGGAAGCCCAGCAUCGCGAGGUUGUCCUUGGGAAACUCAAUAUUUUGUUCAAAGAGUUCAUCAAGAAGACAAUGUUGAAAAAGAACAUGUCCGAGUCGAUGGCGAAUGAAGUGGGCGGCAAGAUCUUCACUUUCGGAUCGUUUCGGCUCGGUGUUCACGGAAAAGGCGCUGAUAUCGAUACGCUCUGUGUGGCUCCAAAACAUAUUCAACGGGAGGAGUUCUUUGAGGAUAUGUACGAGAUGCUCAAGGCGCACCCCGAAGUGACGGAGCUAACGCGUGUCCAAGAUGCCUAUGUUCCAGUCGUCACCUUCGUCUUUGAUGGGAUUCAAAUCGAUUUACUAUUCGCGCGCCUUGCGCUUAGCCGUGUCGAGGAUGACCUUGAUCUCUCCAACGAUAAUCUUUUGCGAAAUCUAGACGAACGAUGUGUCCGCAGCCUAAACGGCUCGCGCGUAACUGACGAAAUUCUGAGGCUGGUUCCCAACAUUGAAAACUUCCGUACCGCGCUCCGAUGCAUCAAGCUCUGGGCAAAGCGCAAGGCCAUCUAUUCCAACGUUAUGGGUUUUUUUGGAGGAGUUGCUUGGGCUAUGGUGGUGGCACGUGUUUGCCAGCUCUAUCCCAAUGCCGCAGCCUCAGUUAUUGUUGCCAAGUUCUUCCGGAUCAUGCAUCAAUGGAAAUGGCCCCAGCCCGUUUUGCUAAAGCCUAUUAGCGACGGCCCAUUAAAUGUACGAGUCUGGAACCCGAAACUCUACCCCCAGGAUAAAGCGCACAGAAUGCCUGUCAUCACCCCAGCGUAUCCUUCGAUGUGCUCAACCCACAACGUGAUGAGCUCAACUCAGCGAAUUAUGACCCGGGAAUUUGAGCUUGCAGCAGAGAUUGUCGACAAGAUCAAUCACAAGAAUGGUGUCUGGAACGACCUCUUUGCCAAACAUCAAUUUUUCUACACCUACCGACAUUACCUCCAAAUAGUGGUGACCUCGGACGACCCGGAAACGCAAUUGACUUGGUCUGGAUUGGUUGAGUCGAAAAUCCGCCAGCUCAACUCCAAGCUUGAGCUUGCUGAAGGCAUCAAGAUUGCCCACCCGUUCAUCAAAGGCUUCGAACGACAAGCAUAUUAUACAUCCAAAGAAGAGCGUGAUCAACUUGUGCAUGGCAAAGUACUUGAGCGAACGCCGGAAGAACAAGCCGAGUUGAUCAACAGACAUAAGCAACAGCAAGAGAAGACUGACCAACAAGUUGAGCAAAGGGUUUCUGUGCUACACUCGACGCUGUUUUACAUGGGGCUUGGGGUCAUGGGAAAGGAGGAAGCUAGCUCCGCCGUGGGGAAAGGUACGGCAGCAGGCGGAGUACGGAGAAUCGACGUCUCAUAUCCCACCUCCGAGUUCUGUAAGAUGGUCCGGAGCUGGGAUAGAUUUUCAAAGGAACACAUGGCUAUCACGAUCCAGCCUCUGAAAGCCUCUCAGCUUCCAUCAGACGUCUUUGAAGAAGGAGAGCUUCCCGCCAAGCUCAUCAAAAAACGGACCAAGACCCAUAAUGCGCUUGAAAAUCCACCCAAGAAACUCAAGACGGAGGACGGCUCGAACUACUGCGAUCCAACAGUCGAUGCCACUUCAGCCGCCGAUGCUAAUGGCACGCGAGGCGGAUCCAAAGACCAUUCGCGCGAGAGCAAGUCUGUGGAUACUGGCAAUACAGCUGCGUCCUCAAACGUGUCGGAGAGCGACAGAUCUGAGCCCGGAGCACUGGCUCCGAAGAGCUACUCAAGGGUAGCUGCUGAAGGAAUUGUCUCGAACGGCGCACACUUCACGAUGGCUUCAAAUGCGGCGCAGCCGACUGAGUCGUCCGGAGGCCCUGCUCAAAAUGUCGCCACCAAGCCCGCUGGCUCCGGGUCGACAAUACCGAACGGCUCGUCUCGACCGGCCCAAACAUACGCGGCCGUUUCCCAAACAGCCCAAAGUAGUCCUUUGAACCAGAUAGUCAACGCGAAGCGGUCUUUGCCUGAAAUCAAGGUGAAGCUUGGCACCAGCAAAGGCGGUGCUGGCAGCACAAGCAGCGCAUCGGGACGAGCAAACUAGAUGGAUAUGUCGCAUCCCCAUAUGGGAUCCAUGACCCAUACAUCGAAAUGUCUCAGGAAAUCGAAGGAACACGGACACGGUAGCGCUAUGGGAUCGCUGCCUUGUAGGACGGGAGUUAGGGUGCGCGAUAAGCAAGAGAAACGGAUGGCUUUGUCGAUCACUUGUUGAUAUUAACUGGAAGCGGACGGAGGGUAAGUUCACACAGGACGCCCUUUUGUAUUCAGAUAAUAAAAAGCAAGCUCUUGGGCCCGAUUGGAUCUG